AUGAACCCGCAAUGUUCAAAAUGUAAGGCAGCAAUUAGGAAAUAUAACUACUCAGUCAAAGAGAUAGAAAGAAUGAGAAACGACUAUGCAGACUUAAAGAAAGAAGCAGAAAAGCCAGCAGAAGAUAAAAUGAACAUGUUAGAAUUUCUGAACAAAAACUAUCCAACAGCAGAAGAUUUCCUUCUAUCUGACGUCAAGAAGAAGUAUAAAGAAACCUUCGGUAUUGUUAAAACUUUUGACAUACUGACAGAAGAAAUAGAAGCUACGAAAUUGUUUAGGAUUUCAAAUAUACAUCGUACAAUUCAUGUAAAACGCUUGUGA